UUAAAAACAAUUUUAGUGAACCAAUUCCAAAUUUAACUAAUAAUAACAGUAGUUUUUCUCGUAACAACCAUAACAGUACCAAUAGCAUUAACAAUAAUUGUAAUAAUAAUUAUUCCAGUAGCGAAAAUUUAAAUAAUGAGGACAAUACUUCAUCAUAUUUUUGUUACAAUAAUAUUGAUAAAAAGAAUGAUAGUACAAACAAUUCAAUUGUGGCUUACAAAGGUCAAAAUAGGUUCUUUAGUGCAAUGAAUUUAAAUAAAUUAAAUAAAAAAGGUAUACCUAUAGCGUCUACAAAAAUUAAAGUUGAUACGGAUUCAAAUUUAACUAAGAAAAUUGAUAAUGUAAAUAAGAUUAUUCAAAAGUCUAAUAGAAAACGAACUAACCACGAAAAUCAACAAAGAUCUGGCAGUCUAACCGAUAGUGAAGAAAGUGAAUCCAGUCUGAGUUCAGAUUCUUUAAAUAUCACAGCAAAUUCACGAGUAUCGUCAUGGACAAGUAAUCCAAAUUUAUUAUCGUCAUCAUCAAAAACAUUAUUUCUUCCUCAUUCUCUAUUAAAAGAUAUAAGAGAGAGGAAAAAUAAUUUUCAAGAUGCAAAAAAUUUCAAGGAUAACGUCGAUAAUAAUAGCAUAGUACUUAAUGUGGAAAAACCAACGGGAAAAUUCACAACAAAAACAAAUUUAAAUUAUGUUAAUAAAAAUUCAGUGGAAAAUUUAGAAAACAAAAAUCAAGAAUAUGUAACUGUUAAAGAUAUUCAAAAUGAAACACAAGAAACAUCUUCUGUGAUGCCAUCUUCUUUAUCAAUGGAGCUAAAGAAAUUUUUAUCUGAAAAAAUUUCACCGUUUUCGUAUGAAUGUGAUCAAUUUUACAAUUUUCAUUUAAAUGAAAAUACAUUGAUUAAUGCUGCUACAACACCACUUUUAUCAUCGAAUUCAGAUGCGGAUCAUUUAAAAUGCUUAAGAGACGAGAGUUUUGCUGGGUAUACGGAUAUUAAUUGUACAGCGUCUACCAUACGCAGCACAAAAGGAACGGUUAGAGGAGUAAAAAAUCGAGUUAGAAAUGGAAUAGCAACAUUUUUACAAAUGCAACAACCUUCCCUUAAAAAUUUAAAAAAAAAAGACAUAGGGAAAGUAAUUGUAUAUACCACAAGUAUGGGUAUCAUUCGCGAAACAUAUACUAGAUGUGCAAACGUAAAACAAAUUUUGAGAACCCUUCUGGUAAAAUUUGAAGAACGAGAUGUUUUUAUGAGCUUGGAAUAUCAACAAGAAAUUAAAGAGAGAAUGCAAAUGGAUGUUAUCGAAGUACCUCAAUUGUUUGUAGAAGGGCAGUACGUUGGGGAUGCUGAUGUAGUAGAAAAAUUGAAUGAAACCGGGGAAUUAAGGAAAUUGUUAAAACCUUAUAAGUCAUUUGACGUGACAGUCACCUGCAAAGUAUGUGGAGGAUACAGAUUAUUACCAUGCCCAUACUGCAAUGGUUCAAAGAAAUCACUUCAUCGAAAUCAUUUUACAGCAGAAUUUAUAGCACUGAAGUGCAUGAAUUGUGACGAAGUUGGUUUAGUAAAGUGCCACAACUGUUGACUUGUUAAAGUUAAAUUUAAAAUUAAGUUUUCAUUUAGUUAAUGAAACAAAAUAAACUUGUCCUUUUGUUAAAUAAUUAGUUUUUAAACUUGAAAAGAAAUCUAAUUAUCUAAGAUUUGUAUUUUAUUACAUACAUUACAUACAAAUAUUUAAAAAUUUACGGUUUAUCAUACAACCUUACAUUAUGUAAAUUUAUAUAUAAAUUUUUUAGUAGAAAAAAU